CCCGCGCCUCCCGGCCGGAACCGAUCGCGGCUGGUUUGAGCUGGUGCGUCUCCAUGACGACGUGCUCGUCGUAUAAGUAGCGGCGCGUCGCACCGUCGGGCUUUGUCAGUCCCUGCAGCCGCCACCGCCGGCCGCCCUCAGCCAGCAGCUCGGCGCCACCUCCGGUCGGCGUCUGCGGCGGGCUCGACGAGGCGGCUGACGGGGCGGCGGCGGGCGGGUGGACGGACGGACGGACGGACGGGCGCUCCUCGGAGUUUGGCGGCGGCGCCUCCAUGGGUCAGGCCAGCCGCGCCACCGUGCUGUGAGUGUUUCCACCACUCCGAGGAGACAGCAUUCAGAGUUCUUGGCUAAGUCGGCCUUGUGAGGAGCAGGCGAUAAUUUGAUUCCAUUUCCAGGUUUUCUGUAAGCACAUGAGAACCAUGAGCAGCUUUACUAAGGACGAGUUUGACUGCCACAUCCUUGAUGAAGGCUUUACUGCUAAGGACAUUCUGGACCAAAAAAUCAAUGAAGUCUCUUCCUCUGACGAUAAGGAUGCGUUCUAUGUUGCGGACCUCGGAGACAUUCUAAAGAAGCACCUGAGGUGGCUAAAAGCUCUUCCCCGCGUUACUCCCUUCUACGCAGUCAAGUGUAACGAUAGCAGAGCCAUAGUGAGCACCCUAGCUGCCAUUGGGACAGGAUUUGACUGUGCAAGCAAGACUGAAAUACAGUUGGUACAGGGGCUUGGGGUGCCUCCAGAGAGGAUUAUCUAUGCAAAUCCUUGUAAACAAGUCUCUCAAAUCAAGUAUGCAGCCAGUAAUGGAGUCCAGAUGAUGACUUUUGACAGUGAAAUUGAAUUGAUGAAAGUCGCCAGAGCACAUCCAAAGGCAAAGUUGGUUCUGCGGAUUGCCACUGAUGAUUCCAAAGCCGUUUGCCGCCUCAGUGUUAAGUUUGGUGCCACACUCAAAACCAGCAGGCUUCUCUUGGAACGGGCAAAAGAGCUAAAUAUUGAUGUCAUUGGUGUGAGCUUCCAUGUGGGCAGUGGAUGUACUGACCCCGAGACCUUCGUGCAGGCAGUGUCGGAUGCCCGCUGUGUGUUUGACAUGGCAACAGAAGUUGGUUUCAGCAUGUAUCUGCUUGAUAUUGGUGGUGGCUUUCCUGGAUCUGAAGAUACAAAGCUUAAAUUUGAAGAGAUCACCAGUGUAAUCAACCCAGCUCUGGACAAGUACUUCCCAUCAGACUCUGGAGUGAGAAUCAUAGCUGAGCCAGGCAGAUACUAUGUCGCGUCAGCUUUCACGCUUGCAGUCAACAUCAUUGCCAAAAAAACUGUGUGGAAGGAGCAGCCCGGCUCUGACGAUGAAGAUGAGUCAAAUGAGCAAACCUUCAUGUAUUAUGUGAAUGAUGGAGUAUAUGGAUCAUUUAACUGCAUUCUCUAUGAUCAUGCCCAUGUGAAGGCCCUGCUGCAGAAGAGACCCAAGCCAGAUGAGAAGUAUUACUCAUCCAGCAUCUGGGGGCCAACAUGUGAUGGCCUUGAUCGGAUCGUGGAGCGCUGUAACCUGCCUGAAAUGCAUGUGGGUGAUUGGAUGCUGUUUGAGAACAUGGGUGCAUACACUGUUGCUGCUGCUUCUACUUUCAAUGGGUUCCAGAGGCCAAACAUCUACUAUGUAAUGUCACGGCCAAUGUGGCAACUCAUGAAACAGAUCCAGAGCCAUGGCUUCCCGCCGGAGGUGGAGGAGCAGGAUGAUGGCACGCUGCCCAUGUCUUGUGCCCAGGAGAGCGGGAUGGAGCGUCACCCUGCAGCCUGUGCUGCUAGGAUCAAUGUGUAGAUGCCAUUCUUGUAGCUCUUGCCUGCAAGUUUAGCUUGAAUUAAGGCAUUUGGGGGGACCAUUUAACUUAAUUA